AUGGCAGAUGCCAUGGGCAGCCUGAAGCAGAUUGCUGAUGCAGCGCUAGCGAUCAAGAACGCAGCAGAGACGGUUCGCCAGAACAAGGAGGAGUGCCGUGCCAUCGAGAAGCUCGUGGGCAGAGUCAGCGCCCUGGUGACAAAGCUCAAAGAGACAGAAACGAUGAAUGCGCCGGAGAUGGAUGGUGCCCUGGAGGAUCUUGCAGAGUCCCUCAACCUCUCGCUCAAGCUCGUCAAGAGCUGUCAGAAGAGGAGCAUCAUGUGUCUUUUCUGCUUUGCUAGUGACUUGUCCAACCAGCUGCGUCAGGCCCGGGAUGACAUAUCCGCCAAAAUGAUGCUUGGCGUCCUCGCCACCAAUAUCCAAUUCACCGUAUUUUUCACAAGGAUUCGGAACAUUGGUUCAACUCCUACGCAAACAUAUACACACAGGUGA